AUGACUGUCGCCGAGUCAGUGAAGAGUGCCUUUGGCCUGGCAGACUCCCCUGCCUCCCACCAGGAGAUGUCGGACGCCCGUCUGCCGAUGCAGUACCGGGACUCGUGUGCCAACCUGCUCAUCCCGCUGAACCGAUGCCGACAGGCAGAGUAUUAUUUGCCGUGGAAGUGCGAGGACGAGAGACACAGCUACGAAAAGUGCCAGUACGAAGAAUUCAAGAAGCGUGUGGCCAAGAUGGACGAGCUGCGGGCUGCCAAGGACGGUGCCCGGAGCAAUUGA